CACGCCGACGCGUCCUGGCCCAUGUCAUCACUAUCAUAGCACAGUCCACCUUCUUAUCCUCUCCCACACCUCCUCCUCCAAAAUGUCUGUCGCGCUCACCCCGAGCCACGUCCUCGGCUUUAACAGGCCUCUCACGCAGCACGUCAAGCGCGCGUUGGGCAUUACAAACAACAAUGCCCAGCCAGUCGCAUUCAAAGUCAAGACCACUGCUCCUAAGCUGUACUGCGUACGGCCAAACUCUGGGAGGGUGGAGCCGGGCGAGACUGUCGAGGUCCAGGUUAUGCUGCAGGCGAUGAAGGAAGAGCCACCAUUGAACGUCAAGUGCAAGGACAAGUUCCUGAUUCAGAGCACGGUCAUCACGCCGGAGAAAGAGACAAUGGCCCUCCCAGAUCUCUGGUCUGACAACGCUGAGGAAGUCCACUCGCAAAAGAUCCGUGUUGUGUAUCUCCCACCAGAAGGGCAAACAGUCCCCGAAGAGGAAGAAGGCGGGCUCGGUGAACAGCCGGACCACUCCCGAUCUUUCUAUGCUACCGUCCGUCAGCAUCCCAAUGGCAAUGGCGUACCCGAACAAAUUCGAGAGCACAGUGGCGAGGCAGCUCAAGAGGAGGAGACCCACCAUGACGCACCGUCGUCACCGCCUCCGGCACGACCGGCACAACUCCACGAGGAGUCACCAUACGAAGGGGCCUCGCGCGAGAUUGAGGAGGAGGCACCCGUCGUGAAUGUCAACGUUCACACGCCCCAACCUCCGCCUCCCUCCGAACCUGCUGCCCCCGCACCCGACGUCAACGAGGACAUCCUCAUCAAGCUGCGCGAAGCACAGGCGGAGAUUGAGCGACUUCGCAACCUCAUUUCAUCCAUGCCUGAGCCGAGCACGGCGGCGCCCACUACAAUCACGAAUGCCACCGAGUUCCGGCGACGUAGGCCCACGUCACCUUCGGAUGACGGCAGUACGUGGGACGGCGAGACGGAGGUGGGAACAUCAAUCACGGGCACGACGACCAUGGAGGACACGUUGAUGCACCCUGAGGGCGUCCCCCUGCAGGUGGUCAUCAUCAUCGCGCUGGGUGUCUUCGUCACGACCUAUUUAUUCUUCUGACGUUCCUGCGUCGCAUGUCUGGUCGCUGUGGUCUGGUCUUCGGCUCCUACGUAUAAACAUUAUUGGAGCACCAUGAGCGACAUCUGUCAGUUUCCGUCUCCCUCGCAAAUACCUCUUCUACUAUGAACCUCCGCCUCGGUCUCUUGGAUCCCUUUGUUUCGUUUGAUAUAGCGACUCCUCUCUUUUCGGUGUGAUAUUAUUCGUUGUACAUAUGUUAUAUACGAAGCGGAGCACUGAACCUCAUGCCCAUGUGCGGUUCGACUAGUCUGCGUAAUACAGUAACUCUAUGUUCUCUUUCUCCUCUCCUGGGCUUUUAGUUUAUAUGUAAGGCAGUGAUGGUCAAUUCACCCGAAACACAAACCGUGGUAGUGGGCGAAGCCGUGAAGCUAACAUCAGGGCUCAAUGCGAUG